AUGCAUUAUGUCUGUCUAUGCCUUUUAAUAACUUUUUAUAGCCUCAGCUUGGAGAUUAAAGCUUAAUAUGUAAGCAUAAUGUAAUUACCAAUAUACGAUUUAUCUUUAUUGGUGAAGAGCGCUAUUGCAGCUUACUCCUGGGCUGAGGUCAUGAUGCUGCUCGCUUCUCUUCCUUAGUGUUGGAGUCCAUUGUGCGCUCAAGGUCCUCUCUUUAUGCUACCCAUCACCCAUUUGGCUGUUUCUCUGUGGGUUCCAUUCAUUAGAUUGCUUUGAUUUGCACAUGGCAUUUUCUUUUCUUUUUCAGAGCAGUCUUCUCGCCAUCCAUCUGUCACUUUUUCCCAUCUUCCUCUGAUUGUGUCAUUUUACAUUUUAUGUCUAUCUAUUCUUCACCAGAGCCUCUCAAGUAAACUAGAGAUAGUGGUUUGUGAAGACUUGUGCUUUUUCAUUAAAAAAAAAAUCAUUUAUUUCCUUAUUUCGCCUUCUCCCCCCUUUCUUUCUUCCUUUCUUUCUUUUUUGUCCUCUCUCUCUCUCUGCCUUUUUCCCCCUCUGCUCUUUCUCCUUCCUUCUCUUUUCUAGGCCUUCUCGUGGUGGCCGGAGAUGAUGGCGGAGCACGCUGAAACUUUCAUGUCUCUCUACACCGUCGACAUGGAUGGUGCUCUGCAAGUCCAGCCCGUUGACUCAUGGGAUAGCUUCCCCUUAUUCCAGCUGCUUAACAACUUCCUGCGAUGUGACCGUGAGUUCUCCGUUCUCCCUGUGUCCGUCUUCUUCUACCUCUGA